AUGGCCUUCUCAGUGGUAGCCCUCCUUGGACUCGUCAGUCUGGGCUCAUGCGCGACGCUUGUCGAACAAGUGUCGGAGGUACCGAGUGGAUGGAAACAACUUGGCGACAAGGUCAGCCCCGACCAGUCUUUGUGGCUCUCGUUUGCUCUGCGUGAACCCAAUAUCGCAGAGCUGCGAACACGCCUUGUCUCAGGGACAAACAAGCACCUGUCGGACGAGGAGGCCCGUCUGAUCCGCCAGCCCGACCAGCAAGAUGUCGACGCCGUCCAGAAAUGGCUUGCCGAGAACGGCAUCAAGGACGCCAGGCAGGAGAAUGACUGGAUCCACGUGCGCACGACCGUCUCCGCCGCAGAGCCGCUGCUGGGGAUGAAGCUGCGCCGCUACGAGUUCGAGGACGGGCAGCAGGCGCUCCGGACGACCGAGUACGCGGUCCCGGACUCGCUCAGGAACGCCAUCAGCUUCGUCCACCCCAUCGCCAACUUCAUGGAGCCCCGAAACGAACUGACGCGACUCUCCCCGGCGCAGCCUGAUCGCGAUCUAUCGAAACGCCAGGGUCCCGCCGGUCCCUGCUUUGGCAGAGUAACACCCGACUGCAUUCGCGAGCUCUACAAGCUGCCCCCGGCCGGUCCCAGCGAGAAUUCGACCAUCCGCCUGGGAAUCGCCGGCUUCCUCGAGGAGUACGCCAACUACGCCGACGCGGCCCAGUUCCUGGACAAGCUCGCCCCCGACGUCGCGAGCACCGGGUACAACUUCUCCGUCGAGCUCAUCAACGGCGGCCAGAACCCGCAGGACCCCUCAAAGUCCGGCCUCGAGGCCGCCCUGGACAUCCAGUACGCGCUCGCGCUCGCGCACCCGGCCCAGCUCACCUACUACUACACCGGCGGGAGGGGCGUCAAGCUGGGUGAUGAUGGUAAGGCGCUCGCGGGUGAGCUGGUGGACAACGAGCCGUACCUCGAGUUCCUGGAGUACCUGCUCGCCAAGCCGAACGGCGACAUGCCACACGUGCUGUCCUUCUCCUACGGCGACGACGAGCUGUCCGUACCGAGGCCGUACGCCGAGCGGAUCUGCAACAUGAUGGGGAUACUGACGGCCAGGGGAACGACCAUCCUCAGCUCCUCGGGCGACGGCGGCGCGAGGGGGUCCCGCAGGUCCAACUGCGUGACCCCGGAGGGCAAGAAGGUCACCAUGGCCGUGUUCCCGGCCACGUGCCCGUGGGUGACGUCGGUCGGGGGCGUGUCCAACAGCUACGAGCCGCCCGAGGGCGCGGAAUUCAGCGGCGGCGGGUUCUCGCAGUUCUUCCCCAUGGAGGAGUGGCAGAGGGACGCGGUGGCCGGGUACGUCGAGAGUCUGGGCGGGCACCUGGAGGGGUACUAUAACGCGUCCAUGCGUGCGGUGCCGGACAUCUCGGCCGUGGCGUCGACCUUCGAGAUCAUCGUCGGCGGGAGGGUCAGGUACGUGGACGGGACGAGCGCGAGCACGCCGCUGCUGGCGUCGUUGAUCGCUGUGGCGGACCAUGAGAGGGCGAAGAGGGGGAAGGACCCGGUGGGGUGGAUCAACCAGCAUCUGUACAGGAGGGAGGCCAAGGGUGUGUUCCAGGACACGAUCGUGGGGGAGAGUACUUCGUGCCCGUUUGAUGAGAAUGGGGGGCCGGGAGGGUGGCCGGCUGUUGAGGGGUGGGAUGCUGUGACUGGCUUGGGGGUGCCCAAUGACUUUUCGGAGUUUUUGAAGUUUCUGGUGGCCAUCUAA